GGUCUUGCUAUCCGCCUCACAAUGCUUAAGGGACAGAAAUGUUGUGACUUGUAUCCAUCCUGCAUUAAGGCUAGCAACCAGGCAGAAAUCAGUGUCUACAGAAUUACUGAGCCUAAGACCCAUGGAGUGAAAAGAAUGGAAAAACAAACAUCUAGUGUCAAGAAGAAAGCAAGCACUGGACUGGCGAAAUUCAGGAGAGUCAUUUUAUUUGACCGUCAAAAUUGGGAGCUGUGGUUUUUCCCCAGAGGCACACUGAACCAGUUCUCCAGCAGAAUCACCACCGCAAUUUACAAGAAAGCAAGUUCAGAGCUGGAGCUGAGAGACGCUUAUGGCAGGACUGACCUUUUCCUCCUGGUCAGUGAACAAAGGCAACUCGGCUCUGUUAUAAUAAAGCCUGCUGCCCUUCUCUUGGAAGACUACCCCUUUGAGAAAAUCAUUGUUUUCUUCUUAAACAGGCCCCUGCCUUUUGACAGCUUUCCUGUGGAAGGGCUGAGGUGCUUCCCUGCCCAUGCCAUGAUGGAUGGUGAAGCUAGACAGCUUCCUGAGGAGGAAAACAAGUGGAAUCUCUCAGGAUCUCCCCAGAUGCACUCUAAUGGAACAGGCCUGUUGACCAAUAAAGAAGAGCAAAGCAACAUCCCAGAAAGCCUCAUUCCCAGCUGCCAGAUGGAGAAGCCGAAGAAAACUGGGAUAGCAUUCUUUUCCAAGAUAACGCGGAACCUGACGUUCAAAGACCGGGAGCCUCUGAAGAAUGCAUUUUACCGUUUGGCGGCAAGGGCUCGAGACAGCAAUAUUACAAAGCGCCACAUGGCUAUUCGAGGCUUAGGGAAUAUGGCCUGCGAAGCCCCAGACAAGGUCAAGAAGUAUAAGAAGAUAUUGCUGGAUCCCCUGGUUCAUGGACUUUAUGAUCCUGUGAGUCCUGAAGUCAUAUAUGAAAGUGUAAAGGCCCUUAGUGUUCUCCUGGGCAAGAUCAAGGGGACAGGUUUGGGCUCCUUCUUCAUAGACAUCACCCUCCAGACCAGGACGCUGCUCGAUGACGAAAAUGACAGUCUGAGGUACUCGGCCUUUAUCUUGUUUGGACAACUGGCUUCCUUUGCUGGGUGGAAGUGGAAGAAAUUUUUCACCAGUCAAGUUAAACAGACUCAGACCUCAUUCCUGGUCCAUUCCCGGGAUGUAAAUUCCAACGUGGCCACGGCUUGCAGAGCUACGUUUCAUGCCUGCUCCCCAUUUCUGAGGCCAAGAAAGAGAUCCCUCGAAUACUCACUUCAGAUGCAGGAAGAGCAAAGGAACCCUAAACUCUGCCGACAACUGAGUCACUAUCACCCAGAACUCUUGCAGUUCUUCUAUGCAAAUAAAAUCCUAUGAAGCCUCCGCAGCAUGGAAAGCAUGAACUCAACACUGAAGAGCCCGGCUUGGAUCGUCUUUAUUGUAUUCAGCUCAUUUCCUGUUCUUUAGGCCCACGUCCCUCAAAGUGAGAAAAAAUAGCUUUUACUAGCAUUCGGUGGUAAUCUAUUUGCCUUUACCGAGUCCGCUUUUCAUUAUCCAUGUCAGAUCUUUUAGAUUGCUUUCACUUAACCUUCACUGCAGCACCCCGGUUCAAAAUAGUGGCUGUCUCCAGGCUCAAUUACCUCUCUCCUACACAGAGGGGCCCCAGUAGGACUUAGCGGGUCUUAACUCUGCCUCCCCUGGUUUGUAGCCAUUGUUUCAUUUAUCUCUCAGUACACAGGAACUGACUAGCACUUCCACGUCGCCUAUUUUAUCCUCCAAAAUAUGGUAACAGUUUUCGGGAGUGGCAUACAGCUAGGUAAAAACUCACUCACUCACGAAUUCCUUUCCCAUCUUCUGGUAGAACCAAUCUUAACACUUUGCCCUUUUAGCCAAUUAUCUGUUCUUUAAUCAUUAAAACUCAAAACUGCCCCAUAAAUGAAUAAUUUCCUAAAUUUCCCCCUUCUAUUUGCCUGAAUCCCAUUUUCCUCUACCCCCAAUAGUGGCUCGCUUCUCUUUCUGAGCUAAACAAUAUAUCUCCAUGAUUUGCCCCAACACCUCUUUUUCAGAUUCGAUAAUGUUUUUAAAAAAUAAUUUGAAAGUAUCCACUCCUCACCUUUUCCCAGGGAUGGGUAUUUGAGUGGCAUAAGUGACAUCUUUGAAGCAUUACUACGUAGAAGAACUCUCCUCCAUCUCUUUUUCAUAGUUCCAUAACUUUCAUAAGUAUCGAUCUGUGAUCCUGUGCAUUUUGUGAAUUUAUAUUUCAAAUAAAUUUUGUAGUGAUUAAAAACC